UUCGCCAUGAUCUCCUUUAAGUUGCUAGUACUUCGAGUACUUUUUACUCUGCUUUUCGUGGAGCUCGUGCUGACUUUGGUGACCGAUGAGGAGUGGGCGCGGUACAAGGCCAGACACAAAAAGCGAUACGGGCAAGAGGACCGAUACCACCGGUGGCUAUACGAAAAGAGAGUGCAGGCGGUUGCCAAUCACAACAAACUCUAUUCCCAGGGCAGAUCGGGAUUCAGGAUGGGCUUGAACAAGUUCUCCGACACAAAUCUCCGCCCCCUCUACAGUCGUCGUACAGCAAUUCCUGCCCCUCCAGAACCGAGUACUGAAGAAGUUACGAAAUCGGCGAACUACAAGAGCUACGACCAGAUUACCGGAGGUAUCGACUGGCGGCAGUACGGCUAUAUAUCGGCAGUGGGAGAUCAGGGUACCGAGUGCCUGAGCUGCUGGGCCUUCUCCACCUCGGGCGUUCUUGAGGCCCAUCUGGCGAAGAAGUACGGAAAGCUGGUGCCACUUUCGCCCAAGCAUUUAGUGGACUGCGUUCCCCCUCCGAACCAAGGCUGCAAUGCUGGUUGGGUAAGCGUGGCCUUCAACUACACGAGAGAUUAUGGCAUUGCCACCAAGGAGUUCUAUCCCUACAAACGCAAAAACGAAGAGUGUCGCUGGGACCCCAGAGAUAGUGCAGGCACCUUGUGGGGAUACGUUACACUGACCAGCAACAAUGAACGGGAAUUGGCGGAGGUGGUGUACAAUAUUGGACCCGUGGCGGUGUCCAUUGACCAUCUACACGAGGAAUUCGAUCAGUACUUCGGCGGCAUUUUGAGGAUUCAUUCGUGUGGAAAUACCAAAUCCGAUCUCAAACACUCCGUUCUUUUAGUUGGCUUUGGAACCCAUCCGAAGUGGGGCGACUACUGGAUAAUAAAGAACUCCUAUGGAACCGAGUGGGGAGAAAGCGGCUACUUUAAACUGGCUCGAAAUGCUAACAACAUGUGUGGGGUAGCAACCCUUCCGCAAUAUCCUCUUGUUUAAGCGAUUCCGAAUAAUAAUUGUCUCCCACACAUUUAAGAAACUAUCUUGGUACUCCAAAAGUAUGAGAUCUUAGAAAUUAAAAACAUUUUUCAAAUAAUUUAGUUCAUUUGCUUUUAGAUUGUUAUUAAGGUUGUUGUGUUCCAUGACAUAUAUAUCGAAAAAUAUCGCCUUGUCUUUCCAAAGCUUUAAAUUGUGUCAGCUCAUUAAGGUUAAAUAGCAGAAUGCAGAAAUAGUUUAUAUGCAGAUAUGUGCUAGUUAGAGGCUUAAUUUUGAAAUAUCAUUAAAAUUCAAGGCAAGACGGAGAGCCGGAUAUGAUCGCCGCAAAAGGGUUUCCCAAAUGAUUAAUCUGCCAGGUGUUGGGGGUGAGAAUCUCCAGGAGCCGGCGGUAAUGUCGUUUUGCAUCCUUAGAUUUGGCGAAUUAUAUUGCUGUGGUUGGCUGCCUCAUUUGUCGGGUGUUUCUUAGUCCUGCGUUGGGCGCCAAAUCAAAUGCGCUGGCAGCGCGGAGCAGCUCUUUCCCCUGGGAGGCAUGAAUUUGAGUUAUGACUGAAGCGGAACUUUUACGGGCCACCGUAAAUUUUUGGGGAACUGGCGCUGCCACCGGCUUAAUAUUCACACCUUUCGCGGGGGAUGGCCCAGUUAUUUAUGCGCACGCAUUAUGGUUGAUAGUGCGGGGCAGGGGUCCUCUUUUCUGGCUGAUUGCUGAUGGGUCAUGGUUUAUUAUUUACGCUGGGAGAUACGGAGACCCACUGCCCCGGAUCCUGGUCCCGCUGUUAUUGUAAUUGAAAGGUAUAAAUAACAUUAGGCUAACAGCAAAUAAAUUUAUGUUGUUUAUGCUUUCUAUCUCGUCGAGUGUGUUUGUACUCGGGCUUUCCUUUGACCUUUGUAAGCUCUCUUCAGGGCUGUUGCGUGCAGGGGCUAAUCGCUGAUGGGCCAUCCGACAUCGAGGACCGAACUUCCAUCCGUCCUGGUCGUCCUGGCCGUCCUGGCUGUCGAGCCAUCAUCUUUCAUCAAUUUAUUGGCGUUUCUGGGUCCCACCGUGCUGGGCCGGCGGUUUUUAUU